CCUAAAUUAGCUGAACGAUUGAAUUGAUGCCCUGACCUCCUACAUCUUUAAGUUCUCUUGGCUCUUGCCAUCAGUGUGCUAGCUGCACUCUUCAUUGCGCGACUAUUACAUACGCAAUCUCUGCUAUUUUGCAAGGUGAAGUCAAUUGAUAGAUGCAUGGCAGCCAAUACACCAAGAACUAGCUCACCGGGAGGAAGGCAGGCAUACAUGGACAAGCGUCUCCUGGAAGCAGCCACCACUGGUGAUUCCACAUCAAUGAAGCAGUUGACUGCGCAGAAUCCAAGCAUUCUACUUGGAACAACUCCACAGGGGAACAACUGCCUCCACAUAGCCUCCAUCCAUGAUCACCGGGGCUUCUGCGAGGACGUCCUGGAACAGGAGAAGCCUCUCCUAUCAAAUGUCAAUUAUGAGUCUCUCCUCGCAAAGGUCAAUUUUGAGGGGGAGACUCCACUUAUCACAGCCGUUACACUUGGCCAUGUUUCACUGGCUUCUUUUUUACUAGGAUGCUGCCAUCAGCUAGAAUUGAGGCAGGCAAUCUUGAAACAAGAUAUGUAUGGAUUCAAUGCACUGCACCAUGCCAUUCGCAACGGCCACAAGGAUCUUGCGCUGGAGUUGAUAGCAAAAGAGCCUGCACUGUCGCAAGCAAUGACCAAUUUCAAUGAGUCGCCCAUGUUUAUCGCCGUGAUGAGAAAUUUUCAGCAAGUUUUCCGGAAGCUACUGGAAAUUCCUUAUUCUUCUCAUGGGGGAAAGAAUAGCUGCAAUGCUCUGCAUGCUGCAGCUGGAAAUGGAACUGAAGACGUUGCUAAAGAAAUUAUGGAGAAACGACCUGCGUUAGCCAGAGAGGCUGCCAAGGAUGGGAAUACUCCAACAAUGCUGGCUGUGAUUUAUGCCAAGGUUGCCGUACUGCGAGUAUUGCUGGAACAUGAUUCUUCUUUAGGAUACGAAAUAAGCAAACAAGGUUAUCCGCUCCUUUGCGCUGCCGCAGAUAGAGGUCAUGUUGAUGUUGCCCAAGUGCUUCUUAAGCAUUGUCCAGAUGCUCUUUAUCACAAUACAAGUGGAGAGAUUUGUACAUGCCUUCAUCAUGCUGUACGGGGAGGUCACAUGAAAUUUGUUAAAUUCAUCCUCAAGAAAAAACAACUCCAAAAGGUUGUUAAUAUGCAAGACAGCAGUGGAAAAACCGCUCUACAUUAUGCAGUCCAGAAGUGCAAUCCCAAGAUGGUUGCUGCUUUACUGUCCCACAAGGAUAUAGACAGGACAGUGAUUGACAAUUCUUCUGGUUCAGCAGUCCAGGAGCUGUCGAGCAACAUGCGUGCUGUCAAGACUUUGAACUGGAAUGAAGUAAUCAUGCGUAUGUCGGAAGCUGAUCCACAUCAUGCUACCGCUUCUCAUUACCUCGCGGAAGCCAAGCAACUGGCAAUUUAUGAAUCAAGGAAGAAUGUGAAGUCACUAACUAAAACGGACACAACCAACACCUCAUUAGUGGCGGUCCUCAUUACAACAAUCACCUUUGCCGCUGCUUUCACUCUGCCUGGAGGAUACAGCAGUGCUCCUGAAAGCGAGGGGCUUCCUGUCAUGUCUCGGAAGGUUGCAUUUAUAGCAUUCUUGAUCUCUGACACCUUAGCAAUGUGCUUAUCAUUUUGUGUGGCCUUCAUAUGCAUCAUUGCAAGGUGGGAAGAUUACGAGAUCUUGAUCAAUUACAGAUACUUCACUAAGAAGCUCCUGUGGUUUGCAUACGCAGCAACAACUACGGCUUUUUCAACUGGUUUAUACACGGUGUUGGCUCCACGUCUCCACUGGCUGGCCAUUGCAAUUUGUGUUAUGUCAGCUGUGUUGCCCAUUGUCACUAAGCUGCUAGGAAAAUGGCCUAUUUGGUGGCUCAAAAUUAGGCUGGGUAAAAAAUACAAGCAUGAUCUUCUUAGCAUAGUUUGACCUCAUCAGUUUGUAUUAUGGUUAUGCUUUCUCAAUAGUACUUCUGAAUCUGUAAUAAAUAUUAUCGCACUACCAAACUUGUGAUGAAGUGCUUCCUUCAUUUAA